ACGUUCAGAGAGUUCUAAGAAUUUCAAUCUGCUGCCAUCUACGUUACGUACUGUUAGCCGCCAGAGGGGGUACUUCAAUCAACUACGAAACUGUUUACCAUCUGGUACAAUUUUAGCUUAAAAAAUGUCGAAAGUUACAUUCAAGAUCACCCUCACUUCAGAUCCAAAGUUACCCUUUAAAGUGUUGGGUGUUCCAGAAACUACACCUUUUACAGCUGUCUUGAAAUAUGCUGCAGAAGAGUUCCGGGUACCGCCAGCUACAAGUGCCAUCAUUACUAACGAUGGAAUUGGAAUUAACCCCCAACAAACCGCCGGCAAUGUAUUUCUAAAACACGGAUCAGAGCUUCGACUUAUUCCAAGAGACAGAGUUGGAUUUCGUAUAUGAAGUUAAAACGACCAAA